AGGAAAGCUACCAGUGGUAUAAAUUGUUCAAACCGGUCCGGAUCGGAGGAAGUGUACUAGUAGCAAUCCAUCAAUUAGUAGUUUAGUUUAUGUUUUAGUCAAGUUAUACGCACCAAAAAUUAAAGAUUGAUUAAAAUGGCAUCUUUCAAGUUAGUGUGUAGUUUGCUAUGUGUGCUGGUCGCCAUUGAAUCUGCCACAGCCGUCGAAGAUGGCACCGUGCGUGCUCUGCGGAAAGUGUACUCCCUCUGUGAGGAUAGUGAUGACCUACUGAAGUGUACUAAAAUCCAAGCACUGAAAUUGACCGACCGGGCGAUCAAACUGCCAAACAUUAAGCUGAUUGAUGGAAUAUCGAUUGUGAAAAAGGCCGAUGGUGAGAACCAACAGCGUGCCCUGAACGAACCCACGCUCAACGAACUCGAACUGAACAAGCUGUCCUCGGCCAAGAUUGAUGAGCUGCUGUACCAACGCGCUGCUCGUUUUAUGGAUAGUCACCAACUUUCACUGAACGUGCCUCGAAUGCUCGCCUCGGGACAGCAGGAAACCGGACGUCUGGUCGAGGAAGGACGGAAAAAAAUGAAGAAGUACCUCGGACCAUUCCUCGCUGCAAUGGCUAUCAAGGGAGGUAUCCUUACCAUGGUCUAUCACUCCAUCGCCAUCGUUGCCGGUAAGGCUCUGAUCAUCGGCAAAAUUGCUCUGGUCAUCUCCGCUAUUAUUGGUCUGAAGAAACUGGUACAACCGGAAGGACACGAAAAGACCACGUACGAAAUCGUGAAGCACCCGCAUGUCCAGCAGAGCCAUACCUAUUCGUCAAACCAUGGUGAAUUCGAUAACCACGAGGCUGGACAAUUCCACCGUAGCUUCGGAAACUCGGUCAGCAGCGAUUUGCAAAUGCAGGACCGUGCAUACCGAGCUCAUGUUCCCAAGAACUAACGUCCCUUAAGUAGUAGCUUUCUACACCCAAAGGAACCCUCCGUCAACCCGUGCUCCAUUCGGUCAUUAGGAUACGAAACACAAGUAGAAUAAGAGAGAUUUUCGGGAAUCAUCCCCAAACCGGGGAAAGAUCCUUGACGUGCGCACACUUCGAGAUCUCGUCGAUCGGAAAAACCACUCCAUGAAAUGCAGACAAUGGAAGCUUGCAGCCAGUAAACAACACACAAAGCGGUUGGCUCCAGCAAGGACCGAUCAACUGUAAUAACUUUUUUCCUAGUGAGAUCGGCUUUUUACGCCGACUCAUAGCAGCCUCAAAUGUCCAAGUUUGAUCGCCGGAGUCCUACCGCCUUGUACGUUAUCUUGUAUUUAUUAUUUAUUGUAAUUGUAAUUAAAUUAUUUGAUAUUUAUUUCUCUUGACCAAAAAUUUAUAUAUAAGUAACUCGAGUCGAACAGGAAAACAAAUUAUUCCAGGGAAAGUGGAAUCUGUCCAAUAAUGCAAAAAAGCAGCAUGACAAACAUGUGUAACAAUGCAAAUAAAUAUUCAGUUUUGAA